AUGCAGCGAAAGUGGCCGCCCCUUUGGGGCAAAGCAUGUCGGUUUGAAGCCGGGGAGGAGCUCCAUGGAAACGUACCCCGCGCGCAGCGGCGCGGGGCGGAGAGGAGGAGGAAUCCGCGGCCGCUGCGCUCCGGAGGUAGCCGGGGAGACGGAGAGCCGGGGCGCAUCCCGCCGCCUCUAGGGAAAGCGGUAAGUUGCAAAGAAGGAAGAAAGUGAAGUGGAUCCGGAGUGUGCAGGGCGAGGCGAGGAAAAGGAGGAUCAGCUGCACAUCUCAGAGCCGGUGCGAUCAGUAAUCAGUAAUCCAUCAAUUAGGCCAACUGGGAAGCAGACCUCGUUUAUUGACCGUUGAGGGGCACCGUUUCUAUACAGAUUAGCUUUUGUUUUUAAAAAAAAAAACUGGUGAUUUUUUUGCUUUUGGAUUUCCAAGAAUCCUAUCGUUUCUGGUUUUUUUGGAAAUGGAAGUUAGCAAUUUUUUUUUAUUCUCCCCCCCUCCAGGUUGGGGUGUGUGCAAAUAAGUUAGCCUCCCCUAGGGCGCAAAAUAGCCAGGCACCAGCAGACUGGGUGCGCUGCUUAGGGGUUGCUAAUAAUAAUAAUAAUAAUAGUGAUUUAAUUAAGGGGUGGGGAUUAGAGAUAGGUAGGGAUAUCUGUUUUGUUAUCAUUUGUAUUGGCCUUUUGCAGCAAGUCUUGGGGAUUUGAAAACGGUGAGCACUUUCACUUCUUAAGUGACGGUUUUGUUGUUUCUGCAUCUUGCCAAUAUCGGUUUUGUAAGCAUGGGCGUAGCUAGGGGGGAGGGGGUGCAGCUGCCCCCCUCCCCAAUCAAGUAAAUAAAUAAAAAUAACUAACUGACCAAUCUUGUUGCAGAUAGCUCAGUUCUGGGUCCCCCACCCCACAUAAAUCCUGGCUACACCCAUGUUUUCAAGUUUAUAUUAAUAGUAUUUUUUCAAAACUAAAUGAUUAUAUACUGGAGUCUCAGCUGCAGGGAAUGGUUGGAAGGAGAAGGAAGAACACGGGGAAAUGAUAUCACUGGGAUGGAUUGAAAAUGAUAAUUCUUAUUAGUUUUCAAUUACAGUCCAUUAAUAGCCUCAUUAUAACAAUGCCAAAUUAUAAUACAAUUACUAAUACCAAACAUUCCGAUACCAAGUUAUAUAGUUUAGGUCCCCUCCCACGUGCUAGAAUGAAUGGUUUGAUUGUUUUCUUCAUUUCUGCAUUCCAAAAUCUUAUUAAUUUCAAUUACACUAAAGUCAAGAUAAUCCCCUAUGCAACAACUGCAAUAUUAACAACUUCCAUUCUUAUUGACGCAUUAAAUGAUUUAUGAAACUACAAGUGAGGCACGCAAUCUAUAACCUGUGUUUGGCAAUUAUUCUGUCUGUGAUGUUUCUUCCUGAUAUCGCUUCUGCCUGCAAACGGGCCAACCAGGUGACCCUGGAAACCCAAAACGCAAAGGCAUCAAGGUGAUAGCAGCUGACUUCCACUCAGUUGUUUCUCCCUGGGGUCUGUUUUGUAAGGAACAUGUGAAGCUGCCUUUGAACACCUAGGAUGUUUCAGCUGUAUUGUCUGCUUUGACUUGAAGUGUGUGUCUCUCUCUCUCACUCACUUAGAGCCAUUGCCACCUGCUUAACUGGUCUUUUUCAGUGGAAACACCUGGGAUUGAAAGGCGAGGGGGGGAGCUGUGAGCAGACGAAGAGUCUGCCACGAAUCCUGUCCCGUUCCUCCAAUAAAUUGGAGGUGCACUGCUUCUGCAGCAGGUGUUCCAAAUCACAGCCACUGAUAUAAAUUAAUUGCGUGUUGUCGGAAGAAGUCAUUUCUUUGGUUCAUUAUGCUCCAUCUACUGCCAAUCAGUUCUAGUGUUUAGAGAGACCAUGCAUUUUGUGAAAGUGGAUACUGGGAUUUUAAAUAGAGAAUUUUUAGCAUCUUCACCUAAUUCAAAAUCCCCAGGAUUCUUAAGGGUAAGCCAUGGCAUAGAUAAUCCUCUGGGCCCUAUUAGAGAUGUAGUACCUCGUACCUACGGGACCGCCUCUCCUGGUAUGCCCCACGGAGGACCUUAAGGUCAAUAAAUAGCAACACCUUAGCGGUCCUGGGCCCUAAGGAAGUUAGAUUGGCUUCAACCAGAGGCAGGGCCUUUUCAACCCUGGCUCCGGCCUGGUGGAACACUCUGUCUCAUGAGACCAGGGCCCUGCGGGAUCUGAUUUCUUUCCGCAGGACCUGUAAGACAGAGUUGUUCCACCUGGCCUUUGGCUUAGAAUCAGUUUGAUUCCUUCCCCCUCUUUCUUUUUCCUUUCUCCUCCUGUGAAGAGGCUGCAUCUUAAUGUUUUAAUGUUGUAUUUUAAUCUUGUUUUUUUAAAUUGUAUUUUAAUCAACUUGUUUUUAUUAUUGGUUGUUAGCUGCCCUGAGCCCAGUCUUGGCUGGGGAGGGCGGGGUAUAAAUAAAAUUUAUUAGUAGUAGUAGUAGUAGUAGUAAUCUCAUUGACUCAGUUCUCUUCUUUUGAUGUUCUGCUUCUCUCUCUUUCCAUUGGAUGAUCAAGAGGUAUCUCUGACUUUAUGUUUGCAGUUAAAUGUUGAAUGCUGA